UAUUAGCGCGGUGAUAGAGUGGUCCGUGACGUCCGUCCCCGUUACCCCGGAAGGGAGCCAUUAUUACUCGACAGUAUCCUCCUGACGUGUAACCCGCUUUGGUCCUUCUGGUGAGGCAAGGAAGCAAAAAGUAAAGAAACUUUCCUUUUCUGUCACACAUAAAAUCAUAUGGUCCGAGGAAGGCGAACGGCACAGAGAGGAUUUUGUUGCAAAGAUAGGACAGGUUGUUCAUCGGAUAGGAUUUUGUUGCAAAGAUAGGACAGGUUGUUCAUCGGAUAGGAUUUUGUUGCAAAGAUAGGACAGGUUGUUCAUCGCAUGUCUGAUUGUUAGAGACGGCAAGGUGAAAGAUGGUUUGGUUUUUGGGUUGGAAGGGGCCUUCUGGGUUCUCUGCACGUUCGACAGCCGAGGAAGUUACGCAUGGUCUAGAUGGGAGUGGUCUCUUUGCUAUUGUGACAGGUGCAUCAAGUGGCAUUGGUACUGAAACAGCUCGAGUUCUUGCUUUGAGAGGUGUACAUGUAUUUAUGGCAGUCAGGAACGUGAAUGCUGGUAGAGAUGUUAAAGACGCAAUCAUCAAGGACAACCCAACUGCUAAAGUUGAUGUCAUGGAGCUAGACCUUACCUCCAAGACAUCUAUAAAGAAGUUUGCAUCUGAAUAUUGUUCACUCAAUCUUCCAUUGAAUAUUCUCAUUAACAAUGCAGGAGUUAUGGCGACUCCGUUUAUUCUCUCCCAGGAUGGAAUUGAACUGCAGUUUGCAACAAAUCAUAUAGGCCAUUUCCUUUUGACAGAUCUUUUGUUGGAGAAAAUGAAAAAUACAGCUCGUGAAAGUAAUAUAGAAGGAAGGAUUGUCAAUGUUUCUUCUGAGGCACACAAAUUUGCCUACAAAGAGGGGAUUCGAUUUGACAAAAUAAAUGACAAAUCAGGGUACGGAAGCUUUGGUGCAUAUGGUCAAUCAAAGCUGGCAAAUAUAUUGCACGCGAAUGAGCUUUCUAGGCAUCUAAAGGAAGAAGGGGUGCAGAUAACUGUUAAUUCACUACAUCCUGGAUCAAUUGCCACCAACCUUUUGCGGUACCAUAGUAUUGUGAACAGCUUAGCACAAGUUGUCAGUGGUUUUGCGCUGAAAAAUGUCCAGCAGGGAGCAGCAACCACAUGUUAUGUUGCACUGAGUCCCCAAGUCAGAGGUAUAAGUGGUAAGUACUACUGUGAUUCCAAUGAAGCAACACCAAGCUACCAUGCGAGAGACCCGGAGCUGGCAAAGAAACUCUGGGAUUUCAGUAAGAACUUGAUCCAGUGAUCUGCUUAUAAACUCUAUGAAUUCAAGGCCCCUGAAUGCGCCUCUAUCUAAAAAAGACAGAAAGCGAGAGAUAACCGGCUACAACAGGGCAAAAACCAACCAGUAAGGAUAAAACAUGUCUGUGUUUUUAUUAUGGAAGCUUGUAGACGAAAAAUGCAAUAGAUACUUGGUGUCACUUGAGUCAUAUGAUCUGAAGAUUGUUUUCAUUAUGCGUUA